CAGAAACCAUUUUCGACAAUUCGAGAAUGGGAUGGGAUGGGAUGGGAUGGGACCCUUAUAAAGCUUUGAUUUUUUUUCCUUCCCUUUUUAUCUCUGCGAUUGUCAUCGUCUUCAUUUAUUAGGGUUUCCCACGAUUACGGCAUUGGAUCAUCUUCAACAAUCAACGGGUCGAGAGAGAGAGAGAGAGGAAUGUUGGGUUGCCAAUGCCUGUACUGGAGAAAUCUCAGCGAAUUGCCACCAUUAACGGACCCUGAAACCUUCUCUCUCCCAGCUCCGAUGCCCCAGUGGCCUCCAGGUCAAGGCUUUGCCGCUGGGAGAAUAAGACUGGGCGAGCUAGAAGUCACCAAAAUCUCGAACUUCAAAUUGGUAUGGCGAUACAGGGCCUCGCAGGACAAAAGCGUUUCGUUCUACAGACCGGUUGGAGUACCCGAAGGCUUUCACUGCUUAGGUCACUACUGCCAAUAUGAUUCUCAGCCCUUGAGAAAUUUCGUAUUGGCUGCAAGAGAGGUAGAUUCAUCGGGUCAAGAAGCUUCGAGCUCGAAGCCGCCACCUGCACUUGCAGAGCCGAUUGAUUAUAAACUAGUUUGGAGUUCAAAUGGCUUAGCCGAGGAACAUAGCGGCGAAUGCGGUUACUUCUGGUUACCUCAGCCUCCGGAAGGGUAUAGACCGAUUGGCUUUGUGGUUACUAACCGAUCCGCAAAACCCGAGUUGCAAGAAGUUAGAUGUGUUCGAGCUGAUCUUACUGAUGAAUGUGAAGCUCACAAGAUUAUUGUCACUGCUGUAUCAAAAUCUUCUGGCGUUCCGUUGUUUAUAUGGAGAACGAGACCUUCAGACCGCGGAAUGUGGGGCAAAGGAGUAUCUGCAGGUACAUUCUUCUGCAGACCUCCAUUGGCGUCUGGGGAAGAUCUCGCGAUUGCUUGCCUGAGAAAUCUCGAUUCGAGUUUACACGCAAUGCCGAACAUCGAUCAGAUCCAUGCCCUGAUUCGGCACUAUGGCCCAACUGUGUUCUUCCAUCCCGGGGAAAUCUACUUGCCAUCUUCUGUUUCGUGGUUCUUCAAGAAUGGAGCAUUGUUAUGCAGAAAGGCAGAAGAGUCAGGCUCGAACGCUUACCCGAUCCGAGAAGCCAUCGACGAAAAAGGAUCCAACUUGCCUCAGGGCGGAACAAACGACAAACAGUUCUGGAUCGAUAUUCCCUCGGAUGAAGAACAGAGAAGCUUCCUCAAACGCGGAAACCUGGAAAGCUCGAAACUUUACGUUCAUGUAAAGCCAGCGCUUGGAGGAACGUUCACGGACAUGGCGUUCUGGAUCUUCUGCCCGUUCAACGGACCGGCAACUCUUAAACUAGGACUUGUCAAUGUCUCCUUCUCCAAAAUCGGACAACAUGUCGGUGACUGGGAACACUUCACUCUCCGCAUCAGCAACUUUUCCGGCGAACUCUCCUCCGUCUACUUCUCCCAACACAGCGGCGGGGAAUGGGUCGAGGCUUAUGACCUCGAGUACAUCUCCGGCACCAACAAGACGGUUGUUUACUCUUCCAGGUACGGUCAUGCGAGCUUUCCUCGUCCGGGAACGUACCUUCAGGGAUCGUCCAAGCUCGGCGUCGGAAUCAGGAACGACGCCGAGAGAAGCGACCUGUUCGUGGACUCGAGCUCGAGGUACGAGGUUGUCUCGGCGGAGUAUCUGGGCGGUGCGGUGAGGGAGCCGCCAUGGCUGAAGUACAUGAGGGAGUGGGGGCCGAAGGUGGUGUACGACACGAGAGCGGAGAUGGAGAGGAUGGUGGAUCGGCUUCCGUGGCGGCUGAGAAGUUCGGUGGCCGCCGUGGUUGGGAAGAUUCCGGUGGAACUUUCCGGCGAGGAAGGUCCCUCGGGGCCCAAGGAGAAGAACAAUUGGUUCGGAGAUGAGAGGUGGUGAGACAAAAGAUUCCGGCAUAUCAUGACAGCGCAUUGCAUGUACAUACGUACGUAAUUGAUACAUAAACAUAAAAUUAGUGUUUUAUCGUUUAAUCAAAAUCACGUCAUCUUCGAAGCA